AUGGCCCAAAACCCAUGGCAAAUUACAAAAUUAAAAGAACUAAGAACAAGCAAGUUGGAAAAGAUUAUUAAUAAGUUUCAAGAAGAGAAUAACCACUUAAUGCAUAUACCCAAAUUUAAGAACAUAACAAAUUCUUUAAGUACAAUACAAGAAGAUUCAGAGUUGAUAAUUAAUAAAAAAACAUUUAAUGUUGCGCAUAUAUGCUGUGUAGCACAAUUACACCCGAUGUACAUAAACAAUGUAAGGGAUGGCAUAGCAAUUUAUUUAUCCAAUUUUAUGCUAAAAAUAAAUCAUGAUAUUGAAGGGUUCAGCGUAUGCUUUAACAGCAUAAAAUUAAAAGAGAAGGAACCUAUGACACUAAAUCAUGACCCCACUGUUAUGUUUUUAAAAAUAAGCUUUAAGCUUUUAGUUAUAGUUUUAAAGGAAAAUUAUAAAAUAAAAGUAAAAAUAAAUAACAUUGAACCGUCAAAUAUACGUAUGGAUAUUUUUGGACUUAUUGAAGCAAUGAUAACUGAUGAAAAUUUUAAGGACUUUUGUUAUGAUGGAAAAAGUAAUACAUUUGUUAAAAAUAGUACGGUUUAUUCGAUGAAUGACAUUAUAAGUUUUACCAUAAGAAAGGUUACCCAUGCAGAUAAUGGCACAAACGUGAAGCUCCUUGGAUAUGUUUAA